AUGGCUGAAUUUAUGGCUUGGGUUGUGAGAGAGAUGGAGCUUGAGGUUGUGGCUGAUGUACAGCGAAUCUUAUUUGCUAUGUGGGAGGCUAGGAAUAAACUGAUUUUUGAGGACAAACCUUGGUCCGUGGCUUCAAUUUUGGUUCGUGUUGCUAGCCUAGUGUGCCCCCCAUCGACGUCGUUCUCUUUGGCGCAUGGUGGGCGGGGUCAAGGGCCAGGGAAAUGGCUUCGGCCAGCGGUUGAUGUGGUGAAGGUCAAUGUGGAUGCUGCGGUGGGGAGGGACAAGAUGGCGGGAUUUGGUAUGGUGGCGAGGGACAACGCCGGGGAGGUGCUCGCGGCUGCUGCGAAGUUUCCAACACUUGCUCUUUCUCCAAUAGUGGCUGAAGCGUUGAGUCUUAGGUGGGCUAUGGAAUUGUCUGUGGAUCUUGGGUUCAGACGCGUUCAGUUCGAGACAGAUUGCUUACCCCUCUUUCAGGCGUGGAAGAAGGCGAAUGGAACUUCUUAUAUCUUUUCAAUUAUUUACGAUUGUCGUAGUUUAUUUUCAGCUUUUGACUAUGUUGAUUUUUCUUUCGUUCGUCGCCAAGGGAACUCUUGUGCGGAUUAUCUUGCUCGGCGAGCCUCUACCUUUCAGGAUGUUGUCUGGAUAGAGGAAGGUCCGCCAGAGCUUACUAGUUUUUUGCUUUCUGAUGUAUUGGCUUCUAUGCCGGAUCCUAUUUGA